ACAACUGAAGUGAACAAAGAAGAGAAAAACCUUAAUCAUAUCCAGUCAAAGAAAUGGCGAGUGCAAUGCUUUUUUCUCUCUUCCUUAUUUCUGCUCUAACCUUCUACCCUCCUUCAACUACUGCUCAAGUCACAGAUGGGAAUGGUAACAUCGUUAAAAAUGGUGGCAUAUUCUAUAUAUUGCCGUCAGGUUUAGGAGCCCCCGGCGGUGGAAUUCGAGCACUCCAAACAGAUAACGAAACUAUCCCUCUCUCUGUUGUGCAAUCUCCCUUCAAGGGCGAUAAAGGACGUCCAAUUAACAUUUCAUCCCCAAUCCGUACAGAAUUUCUCCCUGAAGGUCCAGUGGUCCUUAGCUUCGAAUACGAGAAUGUCGGUCUUGAGUGGACCGUUGUUGAGGGUCUGCCUGAAGGAACGCUGGUUAAAGUUAAAAGCUACCCAAAUACAAUCAAUGGUUCUUUCGUUAUUGAAAAAGCUAAAGCUGAAACCAACACAUAUAAGCUUUUGUUCUGUGAAGGCGUCUUCUGCGGUAAUGUUGCGGUUGUUAGGAAUGAGAACUGGGUUUUGGCUGUGACUCAGGACGAGCCAUACGAGUUUCAUCUUGAGCAAGUUCUACCAACAUCUGCUGAUACAUGAACAACCGCGCACUUUCUCCUUGUAUUAAACUAUAUGCUUUGGGUGUAAUAAACUAAUGCAUGGCUAAAUAAAAUACCAACUAUUUGGUUUUUCUAACGUUCA